UACAGGCAAUGUACUAGAAACAGAGAAACACGUUUGACGGAGCUAAAUUGCUGUUUUCAAAUCAUUUGCCACUUUCGCGGUACCUCAAAAGACAGAUAGCUAUGGACAUCCUGAAGGGGAGCCUGGAAGAGAUCUCAAGGCCAGCGUCCAGUGCCAGGUCUCGGCCGGGCAGUCGUGCCUCUAAUAUGUUAGUGCAGGACAGACUGAGGGUCAGCGUUGCUUGCUCGGGCUCUCUUGAGGUUCUUACCGCUGAAUCAGGAGGAUCGCAGGAUCGUUCUUCUGAUUUGGAGGACCUCUUCUGUCCCCCUGGAUCUUCGGCUGACUUUUCUGGGGAUGAACUGAGUUGUGAGUCUGAGGGAGCUAAUCCUAUCAGCACACAGAAAACAGAACCCCCCAAGAGACAACUGCACUUGUUAUCUGAAGAGAAAGUCAGCUGUAUUUUACAAGGUGUGCAGAAUCCCAGUUCAAACACAGAACACAAUUCCAGCUCAGCCGACUCGCAAGACAACAAUGAAAUCAAAGGCAGUGGUUCUUCAAAACCCGACGGAUCGGAUGAAGAAAAUAAAGACCCUCGGCUGCAAGAAGCCAUUCAGAAAAUGAAAAAGCUAGACAAAAUACUGGCUUCUAAAGUGUCCAGAGAGAGAGAAAUAAAGAAACAAGGGAAAGAACUGAGGAUACAAUUAUGGGAAGAACUGCAGAGUACAAAGCAUGAAGGGCUUUUGGAGAGUCAUGAUGAACUUGAAAACACCAGGAGGUUUCUGUCUUUGACUCCUACUUAUGCCUCUGCUGCCAUUGAAGAUGUGCAUUUUGUACCUCUAUUUGACACCCAAAUUCCUGCUGAAGAAUAUAAGAGUGAUUUCAGUCAGACUGAGGAAGAUGAUCAGAGUGAAAGCACCAAUACGUCAAAGACAAGUCGAGACCCAGACCAAACAGAUCAAUCAGCCAGCAGACAACGUGGAGUUAACAAGAGCAAGAAAAAACAAGACUUUGUGAAGAAAAACAUUGAGUUGGCUAAGGAUGCUGGGAAUGCAGUGCUCAUGACAGAUGAUGAGAAGAGAAGGCUGGCAGAACUACUGAAAGACAUUGGCGAGGAUGGAAGCACCAGUCUUCCAAGCGAUGAGGGCAAUCCGUCUCAGUGGGCUGUCUCCCUGACUCCAGGAGAAGGAUACACACCAGAACCCAGUGAACUGCAUCAUCUGACUGAAAUCGACUCCAAGCUUCAAGCUCUCCUGUCUGCGGAGGACUACUCGGCUCUGCACAGCCCUUACUCCAGCUGCAGGCAGCUUCAGGAGUGCUUGGCCAAUUCAGACAGUAAGGAGACGCUGCCAGGAGAGAAGGUCCUGCUGGACACAAAGGAGAGUAGAGGGUACGAGACGAGACUGAGAGAGAUUGAGCAACAGCUGGGACAUCUGGACACAGAACUACAGAGUGCUUUGGAAAGACCAUCUUUAACUGAAAACCAGUUAAAAAGCCUGUUGGAGGAAUGCAUGCAAGCACAGAACAGAACUGGCAGUGUAAGUCUAACAGAAGAUCCAUCCACAAGACCUCAGUCCAGUGCAUCAAGUGUCUCCUGUCUCGUAGUGCCUGCGACCCCGUCUACAGUGCACAGUACACCAAGGCUUGUGUCUGCAACCCCCUCUACAGUACACAGCACACCAAGGCUCUCUGACUCCAUGCUCUCUCUGCUGCUGGAGGAGGCAAGUUGGUCUAGGACUUCCACAGCCCGAGAGAGAGAGCAGAACGGGGAGAGGGGAGCAGAGCACCUGCAGGAUGGGAGCAGCCUGUCCGAGAAACUGCUGACAGAGUUAGAGGAGAAGGAGGCUGGCAGUGCUGCUGCUGAUGGCUCCUACAUGGCCCAAGCUCUCCAGAGAACAGGAGUGAAGAGGCCUGCUUUCCUGGACGGCCCGUCAUACACCAGCAGUGACUCUGUAGACAGACCGACAGAUGGAGCAGACAUUUCAGCCGAGACAGGUGCUGAAACAGAAGGUGGUCCAGCUUAACUAAUCUCUUGUUUGACGGCUGUGGAACCAGUCAUAUUCCUGCACUGUGUUCCAGUCAGUCUUAAAUAUAAACAAAUGUAAAUAAAAUAGUAAUCUUUGCUUAAUCUGUAUCUACGUUACUGACAAAAAGAAACAAUUAUAAUGAUGCCAUUUUAACAUAACACAAAAGACAUUGACAAAGACUUAGCGUUGUUUGGUUUAUUUUUAUUACUACUGUUAUCAUGGUUGAGUCUUUAAAUGGCUUAUUAUAGCUAAUGACCCAAUUCCAAGUCUUACCUGUUGUGCACUUCGUUGCGCUAUACAGACUAUGGAAAAUAUGUAUUUCCUUUUAAAACACUAUACCUGGUACCAUACUAGGUGAAAGAAAUGUCUCAGUGUGUUGUUGCUUAUUGACAAGAAAGAUGGAGUUGAAAGUGGGGACAAUUUCACUCUGGAGGUGAAAUAACCUAGGAAGUGCAUGGUUACCUGAAAGUAAGGCAUGUAAACCAAUGCUUUCUGUAACCGGCUGUGGUCCCAGGCACCAUUUUUAAAAGACAUCUUUCAAAACUGCACGUGUGAGACCUAGGAUACUUAGUGAAUGGAAGUGCAUGAGAAGUAAAAACUACUUGUGUUUGAACCUGGAGUCUGGAGAAAAACAGAUUGUAUUUGUUAUGAGGUUAAAGCUUUGGUUAUACGGUUUUUAUAUUGAUGCUGCAAAAUAAAAAAAAAAUGUCCAGUGAUCUCCUCUCUUAAUGUAAUCCCUGAUGCGGGUGCUUUGCUGGAGUUUUUUGAAGAAUUGUUUUUUCGCUAGACCUGCGUGAUUAUUUGGAGUAAUGACUUGCUAAGGUAUGCAGAACUCUCUUGAUGCUCUUGAGAUAACAUCAUAGUGUGAAGUCUUCUGUAGAACUGUGCCCUAAUGAAGAACACACCUAUUUCGUGCUUUCAUUUUUUUUUUUAUAUAUCAACUGCUCAUAGAAUAGUUGCAUGCUUGUGUUUUCAGCUGGCAUUCAAAACAAGGUUUUCUCUCUACAUUGUAAUGUCUAUUAUAAAUGUAUUGCUGUUUUGUUAUGCUGCUUUUAUCUGUAUCCAAGACAAUGGUCAAAUAAAAUGUAUGCAUCGAUAAGCAAAUGAAAUAUUCGUAUUAAUUCUGCAUCACUAGUAGAGAUGAGCAAAAGUUUAAAAAUGUGAUUUUUUAAAUUAAAAUUCAAAGAUAAUAAUGUAUAUGUCUAGUAAUUCAUAAUAAUUCAAAGAAAAUGCCUAUCCCGUUUUCUUAUUCUAAUUUGCAGAUGGCCCUGUAAUCAUUUAUUCUGCCCGCUCUUUCUCAAUGAUUUAAAAAGCUCUCUGUAAGUGAGAACCAUCGCACAUCCACUCAGAUUUGUUAGGAAAGACAUGAUUUACAGAAGCAGAGUACAUUUGUAAAUGUUACCAUUCUAAUACAACAAAUGUUAACAAGAAUUAAGGAUUGCAAAAUGAUCAUUUACCAUACCUUACUGUGUUUUAAAUACAAAAUCCCUUUGUGAUUGACAGACAAACCAGAUCAGGUUUUCUGUUACAAACAUUACUUUGAUUAACCUGUUUGUUUUAACAUCCAGCGUCCUGAACUGCACCUUAGCUCUCAUAAAACGUCGUACAAGAGAAUAUAUAUGAUCUAUUUCAUUAAAAACUAACUUUACAUAUGGCUUGUCUUUUUUAAUUUAAUGAAGCAAUUAGUGCAAAGGGUCAGAAACCGUAACGGCACACCACACUGGUCUUUACAGCCUUACCCCUGUAACCUGAGUGAUCGUCAGAAGCCAAUCUCUGAGAUCCAGUUCACGGCAUCAAAGUAACAGGGUGGAGGCUGGGCACGAACCGGCAACUCUGCACACCGCGAGCAAGCGUCUUAACAACUGUGAUGCACUGCCCUUCCGGAUUGUGAGAUAAGGUUAAACGCUCAAUAAUCACGAAGGCAGGAGAGCCUGGCUCUUCUGCACAGUGGUUAAGACGCUUGCUUGUGGUGUGUGUGGUCGCAGGUUCGCUCCCAGGCCUCCGCCCUGUUACACAAGUCGUCCAUAACCUCACCCUAUUUUAAUGAUCUGCCUGGAAACAUAUUCAGGUCCACUACUGCAGAUCACAUGAAUUGAUCCCUGCUACUGCAUUACAGAUCAAUGAUAAUUGCUGUUUUGCUUUUGUUUGUGAUGAUCAGCUGCCAGUUACCACGUCUGAGAAUCACAACGUGUUUGAGUGCAAAAUCCCAGGAAACACCACGUAUCCACCUCGGCCCUGGCUUUGCGUUUGUUGGGAUUUACCUGUAACGAUCUCAUUUGUUCAUGACGCAGGGGAAUUACUUUUGAGAGAAUAUCAUCACUGUCUCAAUCUUCAAAAGUAUAAAUCUGCUUUCUUUUUGUAUUUCACCUUCAAUGUAUGUUUGGAAACCUUAAUAAAAAAAAAUCUGCUAAAAGACAAGCGACACCUCCAUAUAUCCCC